AUGUCUAACAAACUUUCUCUCGUUAAUAUCUUCGAGUCAGAUAGUACUUGUAUAGAUUCUGUCUCGUUUUCGCCCUGUGGACAGUUUGUAUCUGCCUCUCAUACCAGCUCGAUUUCCAUAUACCAUGUCUCCUCUCGUAUCCACUUGACGACGCUUCACGACUCUGACAAAAAUGGGUCGUUUAGGUCGUUGAUUUGGAUCCCAAAGGAUAAAGACAAAGCAGCCACAAGAUUGGCCGACUAUCGUUUGAUAACCAUUGGUUUACAUGCCAUAGUAUCGGAUUGGGACCUUGAAACAUUGCAACAGACUGAUUCCUCUAGUUCCUAUGGAGGAGCGAUCUUUUCAGCAUCUUUAUCAUAUUGUAAAACAUAUAUACUCAUCGCAUGUGAUGAUGGAUCAGUUCGCAUGAUAUCCCUAUGGGAUAAGGCUGAUUUACCAAACAGGAAAUCGCAACUACAAUUUGAAAAGGUUUACGUUAGGCACACCAAGAGCAUUCUUAGCGUUUGUACUCUUCCAGAUGGUUCCUUCUUUUGCGGAACGUCUGAUUCUCUGAUUUUUAUGUGCGAUAACAAUAGGGAUGAACCUAUUUGUAAGAUUAAGGUCUCAUCUAAAAAGAAGUCACUCAAACGUAAAAGAUCAAAGUUGGCCGAUGAUAUGGAUGAAGGGGAAGAUGACAAGGUUGAGGAAAUUGUAAAUUCCCAGAUUUGGGCUUUGGUAUAUUUGUUCAAGCAUAACCUAUUGGUUAGCGGUGAUUCUUUGGGAAAUGUCAUGUUAUGGGAUAUCGAAUCAUGUACCAUGACCACAAUGUUCAACCAACACGAUUCUGACGUCUUGGCGCUGGCAGUUGCUAAUGACUCUGAUACAUUUUUUUCGGCUGGAAUUGAUAGUAAGAUAACAAUCUACUCCUUUAACAAAAAGAAUUACCACAAUUGUUCCACGGGAUGGAAUGUUAAUGGUGUCCGUUAUCUUCACCGGGGAGAUAUUAGAUGUUUAGCUAUUAACCCGUUUGAUGAUUCAAUUGCUAGUGCUGGAACAGAUGGCUUAAUUUCUAUUUCAAAGGGAAUCAAAUUUCUCAAUUAUAGACAUUCAAAGUCGAAAUUCAUAUUGCUUAAUGUUCCAUCUUGGAUUGAUUCUGGCAUUUCCAUGGACCACAGCAAAAGCCUCGUUUUGUGCAAGUAUCACUAUCAUUGUGAUAUGUGGUUCAUUCCAAAUGACUCUUUGAAGGACGCCAAAUUAGAUGAUCGCAGUGCACAUGACGUGCCUUUAGAUGGCUCCCAUUCCUUUAACGAAGUAGCAAAAAAUAAACCAUACAAGGUAGCAACUAUAAAACUAAAUGAGGAUGGUGGAAAGAUAAAAGCAGCUGCUUUAUCACCAGAUGGAAAUUUGAUGGUUGUAGCAAAUAAUAAAGGAUUUAGAAUUUUUUAUAUAGACACCAGGGAUUUAAAGAUUUCUCAGAUUAAAGUGGAUCAUACAGAGAUCAAAGUAUCUGCAAUCACAUUUAUAUCUAAUAGUGAACUCGUAAUAAGCCACUAUUCUGCUGAGGAUAGAAAGUUUGUUAUUUCUUUAUACAAUGUCAGUGAUGGAAACUUGAAUCUAUUUAAGCCGACCUCGUCGAUUAAUAAACACGUUAUAAAAUUUUCAACUUACGGCACAUCUGAAUUAAUUAAAGGUAUAGCUUGCUACACAAUUGAUGGAUCCGUCUACGUUGUUGAUUUGGAAGGUGAUUAUUUUUCGGAGCUACCAGAGUUUGACAAUGGUUGGAAGAUAACGUGUAUAACUGUAAGCCCUGACGAGAAAUAUUUGGUGGCAUUUUGCAACGCAUUUCGUUACUACUUUUAUGAUUUAAUGGAAAAGAAAGUUAUACCGUAUGAUAACAAUUUUAUCCAUCGCAUUUCUCACAAAGUUACAAACAAUAAUGCAAUGAUUUAUAAUGCAGUUUGGUUAAAUUUGCCUGUUUUUGACAAGAUUAUAGUCCAUACUACGAAUAGCAUAUUGAGCAUAAAAUUGGAACAUGCUCCAUUUUUAAAAUCUUCUGGUGGAAGUGUUAGUAACGCCGCCAAUGGUUUGAGUAAAACUCAAAGUUCUAAUGUUGUAAGGAGAAUGAACAAAGUUUAUAUAGGCCCAAGAAGAUUGUACAACGCUCCUUCUAUAGAACACUGUUUAUACAAACCACCAUCUUUACAGAAGAGAGACGAUAAUUGCACUAGUGACGCGGUUGGGAUAAAUACAAUACUCCACCCUAUGAAGACUUCGAUGAGCAUAUACACUUGCAUCAUAAAGACAAAGUUUAUAAUUCACAUGGAUUUGUUGGUAAACAAGAACGACAUUAAUAUUAUAGCGUUCCAUGUGGCGCCUCAUGAGAAUAGUAUUUUCCACAGGAAGAAGUAUGGAAUGUAA